AUGUCUCAAUAUCAGCCUGGCCAGCAGGCGUAUUACGGACAGAACAGCAAUAAUGCGAACGGAUCGACACCACAUUCCUCCCAGUACGCACCUUACUCACCUCCGGCAGACCAGGUACAACCUCUGAGACGAACCCCCAGCUAUAUUGCCGGCGAUGACUCGUUGUAUGCUUCCGGUGCGCCAAACGAGACAAUACAAGCAGGUCAGGUGUUUUCGCCUGUUGCGGGAACUUACAACGCGUUCGCAAAUACAGUGCAGGCAAAUCUAGGCUCAAGACAUUCUCAAUUCUCGGUUGGGAGCUCUCAGCGGUCGAACCCGAGUCGCGCCUCCUCUCACGGAUCGUCGGCGACAUCCACGUACCAUACUCAGUCGUACUCCUCCUCUGUGCAGACGCCGACUCAAUCGAAUAUAGCCUAUAAUCCCCAACAAUAUGCACGGCCUCAUUCGCUGUCUCAACCGCCCUCGAUGUCUUAUAAUCCCCAGGCCUAUACCAGCGUCAAUAGCACUGCAGGUCAAACUCACCAGACGUACAAUCCAGCUGCUUAUCAGCCGAACCCAGGGACUGGGUACACCGCGCCAAACAUUCUCCGCCAGCCGUCUGCACGGUACUAUUCGCAACAAGCCUCCUAUACGAUGCCCUCUCCGCAAUCGCAACAACCACCUCCUCCCCCUCCUCGUGGUACAGAUCAUCCGUAUGGUCCGCGUUCGCCCCAGCUAUCUGACUCUUCUCCCAAUCCCACAUACGCCAGCUAUUCGUACGGCAGUCACCUACAUCAACAGAGCCAGACGUCGCCGGUCUACGCAUCGAAUCAAUCCUAUACGAGUGCCAGCCCACAGUCUCUCCCCUCUCGACAAAACUCCCACGCGUCGCAAGCACAUGGAUAUUUUCCACAAGUGCCUUCUUCAUCUUCGGAGCCGCUUCUCGAAGAGCAACCACCUGCUCCCCCUGUACAUAAACGUUCAAGCUUAUCAGGAACUUCAUUCAGAGCGUCUGAGCCAUCUCUAGUCUAUCAGUCGUCUCCGCCGUCAUUGUCUCCUCGGAGAACCGACACGCUCACGCGACACCCUCAGUCUCGACCCCUUCCUGGUCCACCACCAUCAGAUACAGAGGUAGCUGGGUCGUAUAAUGGCGCUGAAAACACUUAUGAAGAUCUUAUGAAGGAAGUAGAAGCAGCGGUACAGGGAAGUUCUCAGAGCAUGGGACGUAAUGGACUUGGCCGGAUACCCUCUCUGGGGCCGCAACCAUCUGGAGAGGAGUAUCGACCGCUGUUCAGUAAUGGCACCCGACAGAGUCCUGAUUCAAAUCACACGCACACAAAUGGGAGUGUGGCAACUGGUACUGGCCAGUAUGUCAAUUAUGAUGCAUAUAGCGAUGAGAGUGACGCCGAGGCUGCUGCUGGGAUUGCAAUGAUGCAAAUGGCAGAAGAAGAAGAAAGGGCGGAAGCUGCGCGACAAAGAAGUAGAGGUGCAACUAUAAGCUCUUUGUUUCCGCCUUAUGCCUCACCAACCGCUAUUCCUAAUGCCGAAACAUCGCAACAAGAAGCUAGCAGUGACAGUGAUUACGCGCAUCACGACUUGGCUUUGUAUGGAGGAGGCUACGAAGGUCAGAUGCACUAUGGCGAUACUCCAAACUUGGAUGCAGAGACGAACCUUGCCGCAACGAACUUAUAUCCUCCAGAUGACAAUGGACACAUGCCGGCAUUCCAUUUUACUACUCCGGCCAGAGUUGACACCGGAGGUACAGGUGGUUUAUCCGAGCCAAGUGCUUCGGGACGACGACUAAGCUUUGACUAUGGAGACGAAGAUGCGGACCCUGUGUUGGAUGGUGAUAUUCCCUCUGGAAGUCAGAGUCCAGAAAAGGGAGAACCAGCGGAUCUCUUCUACCACCCUGGAAUGCGUCCACUUCCACCAGCGCCAGUCGAACCAGCAAAUAACGCAGAUGUCCUGGCACAUUUGAUUCCUGCGGGAACGUAUCGCAACUCGCAGUAUGGGGAACAGGAAACUCACGAUCAGUAUAGACCUCUUCCGCAGCCCACAUCUUCAGACUCGUCCGGACUGUCACUGCCGAAUCCAUAUCAAGUUCCGCGGUCGACAUCUCUAUCGAGUCAUAGUAGUACUCCCCGUACUGACGCACCCAUUAGAUCCAAGACCGAUGCGGAUCGGGUUAAGUAUAAACAGCAGCAGGAAUUCCUGCGACAACAAGCGGCGGAUAUGGGAACUUUGGGGUUCAACGCCUCUCCCGAACCUUCUGCCAUAGCCCUUGAUCUGCCUACUAUACCAGCUGGAAGGAGGAAGAAGUUCAAUCCUGCGAAAUUAUCUUCGGAGCAAUUCCGCAAAUGUACAGAGCCUUGGGCGCUUAGUGCGAUUGUGGCAUGGGUUAAGGAUUUGAGCGAAGAUGAGACUGAUCUCAAAGAACAAGCCGUUGUUGAUGCUAUUGUUGCAUUAUUUACACACAAGGUACCAACAAUGAAUACAGCUGAUGCAGAGACUCUAGGUUCUUCGGUUGCCAAAAAUAUGUUGAGCGAGGGUGCAUUGAUAGUUGACGAAGAAUGGGUCAAGUUCAGUGAUAAGUCGUUGUCUGGUGUGUUGUUUCAGAUAACGGGCAGCGGAUGUUAUUCUCCUCGUCUUCAUGCGCAAGAAACAGAGACAUACGGCCGUUGUUACUCGCAUCAUUGUAUGAGAACCCUCAAGAAGAUCAACCUUCGUGCCCAGGCUAUGGAGCCGCAGAAGAAAGCCCAGGACUGGGUUACUUUUUAUAACGUGCCAAAGGAAGUAUGGGAGAGUCAUCCACGUAAAGAGAUUGAUCGACAAAACAAUCUUCAUGAGAUUGUUACUACUGAAGAUGCUUUCAUAGAGCAGCUCGACGUGCUGCGGGUGCUUUAUCGUGAUCAAUUAGCCACCAUGCAGCCUUCAAUCAUCAGUCCCAAGCGCCAGGAGAAAUUCUUACGCGAUGUCUUUGGUAAAGUCGAUGCGGUCAAGAAAGUCAACGAAGACUAUCUUUUAGCACAGCUCAAGUACCGACAGAAGGAACAGGGGCCUUUUAUUGCUGGCUUUAGUGACAUUUUCCGGGAGUGGAUACGAAAAGCCAAGGGUGUCUAUAUCGAUUAUGCGGCUACGUUCCCCAACGCAAAUUACAUGGUUCGCAAGGAAGCUGAGAGGAAUGCCGUCUUCAGACAAUUUCUCAAUCAAGCCCGUGAUAACAAGCUGUCAAAUCGCUUGAGUUGGGAUACGUAUCUCAAGGCUCCAAUCACCCGCAUUCAGCGCUAUACCCUGCUUCUGUCUACCGUAUAUAAAAACAUGCCAAAAGAUUCAGAAGAGAAGACUAACCUCGCACUGGCUAUUGAAGAAAUCAAGGUCGUGGCUUUGGAGUGUGACAAUAAGGUUGGUGAGAUGACCAAGAAGGUGGAUCUGGCAGAGUUAUCGGCAAAGUUGCAAUUGAGACCAGGAAUGAGCAAGGAGGUUGAGCUGAAUCUAGAACAUCUGGGACGAGAGAUUAUGUUUCAGGGUGAUCUUCAACGACCUGGAACUCGAACGAGGUUCAAUCUCGUGGAUACACACGCUAUACUAUUCGAUCAUUACCUUGUUCUCGCGAAAACAGUCCAGAUGCGUGAUACGACCAAGACCGGCAAGUUUGAAGUCUAUGAUGUUUCGAAACUGCCUAUCCCGAUGGACCUUUUGGUUUUGGAGAGUACAAAUGAUGAUCCUGUUAUCAAAUCAUCUGUAAGAGGUGUUUCCACAAUCACGCCUCCGACGGCUGCAGCGGCAGCAGCACGAGGAGCUGGUCCAGGGACUCUUGCAACCGCUGGCACUGCCAAUUCCGCUGCGUCGUUUGUUGCAUCAACCAGUCUAGAGAACUCCAAGGAUGACAAAAUCUUAUAUCCAUUCAAAGUCAAACAUUUGGGCAAGAUGCCGACAUAUACAUUGUUUGCGCCAUCAGCUCAAAACAGGCAGGAUUGGUGUCAAAAGAUCACCGAAGCCAAGACUAGACACGCUUCAUCACUUUUUGCACAGAAUGCAGAGCCGUUCCGGUUGCGAGUGUUGGCGGAUGCUGCUUUUACGUACUCUGAGGCACCAGGGGCAAAGACCGUGAUGAUCAAGGGGACACCGUUAGACCGCGCAAUCCGAGAAGUGGAAGCGAGAUACGCUAGUAUAGGAAUCCGACCUAACCCCGUGUGCAGAGCCAUGGUCAACUGUGCGACGGUAUUCCAGCAACCAAGUGGCCAACUGAUCUGCGCUAUCGGUACUGAUAUUGGAGUCUUCAUGUCAAGAUACGAUGACCCACGAGGUUGGCAAAAAGCAAUUUCGAUUAGACAAGUCACACAGAUUUCAGUCUUUGAGGAUUUUAAUCUGUUGUUGCUGAUUGCGGAGAAGUCUCUUAUUGCUUACCAUUUGGAUGUGGUGUGUCCGCCGAGCGGUGCGCCUUCUCAGACGUCACAACAUGAUUCGGCACGUCGAGCACCUCAGAAAAUUUCUGGGAAUCGGGAGGUGGGAUUCUUUUCUGUGGGUAGAAUGAAGGAUCGGAUUCUUGUUUUUUAUAAGAAGCGGGAUGGUAUCUCAUCGACUUUCAAGGUGAUUGAACCGGUCCUGCACAAGUCAACGACUACUCGCUCGCGCUUCCUUGGUCGUCGCGGUCAAACAGAAUUCUUCCGCGAGUACGACGAGUUCUACAUUCCCGCCGAAAGCUACAAUAUCAAUCUAUUCCACAGUUCGCUAGCCAUCUCCACACAACGUGGCAUUGAAGUUUUGACAUUGGACAAGAAGCAGCCAUGGUCCUUACCUAUACUCAGCGCAACAGCCCCCGAAGCCCAGCCCUAUCUUACCAGUAUUGGAAACCGUAUCAAAGACCUCCGACCACUAGGUAUGUUCCGACUCAGCGAUGCAGAGUUCUUACUCGCCUACAGCGAAUGCGCGGUAUAUGUCAAUAAACUCGGCGACGUAUCCCGCAGCGUGGUCAUGGAAUUCGUAGGACGAGCGCACACAGCCUGUCUACACGGAAAGUUCCUCAUCUUACUAAAUGACGACUUCGUCGAAGUCCGUAACGCGAUGAACGGCCGUUUGAGACAAGUUAUCCCCGGUCGGAAUGUGGUCUGUCUUGAUGACGGUGGUAAUAUAAGUGCAGUUGACACCAACAACACCGCACACGAAAGUAAUUUUACCGGCGCAAAUGGACAUUCCUCUACCGGCGGACAAGCUCGAAAUGGUCGAACGGUGAAGAUUUGCAUGCAACAUCCAGAAUACGAGCGCAGUCAAAUCGUGGUGGAAUUGAUUGCGAAUGAAGAACAGAAUGAUUAGUUUUUUUGGUACAUUCUGGCUGGCUUUUCUGAUUAUGAGAGCGCGAUUUCUGUUUCGUAUAAACUUGAUAUCAAUGUUCAUACCCAUCCUGUUUAUUCCCUUCAGAUGAUCUUUUGUGACUAAGCAUGACCAUGAUAGGACUCGUGGCAAGGAUCUUGGAUUCUAUAUAUUUAUUGCAUUGUGGCAUUUUGUUUUGGGUUAUUCUUGUUUAUUUAAUUUUAUUGCGAUUUAUUG